UGUGAGGAUUUGAACCACCAACCUUCCAAUCAGCAAGCCCAAGAGGCUCAGUGGUUUAGACGACAGGGCCACCCGCGUCCCUGUCUUCAUUAUACACCUUUAGGCGCCAGGCAAAACGGUUCCGUUUUAACCAGGCCUUUGGUUGAUCUGAUUGACAUCCUCUGCCCUGUUUAAAAUGUGGCUCUUUUUUGUGGGGGGGGUUACUGGGUUGUUUUUAUUUUGAUAUACCUCUGGGUAUAGGGCAGUAUAUAAUUCAAUAAAUUAAUAACAACAAACUGCUCCUCCCCUCGCCCUCCCUGACUCGACUGUGGUCCUCAGCAUCUUCUCCGGCUGCAGCGGCAGGAAAUGGCUCACAGGCCUCUGAAAUUCUCUGAAAACAGGAAAUGGGGUCAGGUGCUUUUCGACGUACCAGCAAAUCUCAUCUCCGCAACCAGACGUUAGGAGGUCGGCCUGCGCCAUCUCUGAGCUCCCUCGAAGGAAGCUCAGCACCCAACCGGGCGCCCAGUGCUGGCCCCGGACUCUCCUGGGAUCCUGGAAGGACUUUCCUAUGAGAACUCCCAGAAAGGGAUGAGUUUAUGGGAGCCGAAGAAAGUUUGGCGAAACACUGAUUUCACUUCCCCCCUGCACAGGAUCUGAGCUUGAAUUGUGACUGAGAGCUGCGGGGGGGGGGGGUCAGCAAUGCCUCCCGUCAAGGAAGAAGAAACCCCCUUGAUCAGCAACAGAAGCAGCAACCUCUCCUUCUCCAAGACAGACGGCCUCCAGGUAUAUCUCUACCACCAGCUGAACGCGGCACAAUCGGCCUCGGAUUCAGCCGGCACCCUAAACUUCCCCCUAGGGGACUACACGGCGGAGGAGCUCUGCAUCGCAGCGGCCAAAGCAUGUGGAAUCCUCCCCGUCUGCCAUUCCCUCUUUGCGCUGGCCAGAGAGGACCUCUCGGGGUGGUACGUGCCCAGUCAUGUCUUUACCGUGGACGAGUCCUUCAGCCAAGUGCUCCUCUACCGGAUCAGGUUUUUCUUCCCCGACUGGUUUGGGUCCCAGAAAUCGUUCCGCUGUGGGCUGGCCAGCGACCAAGUCAGUCCUGUGCUGGAUUACCCAACCAUAGACUACCUCUUCGCCCAGUCCCGCAGCGAUUUCCUCAGCGGCCGAGAGGAGAUAUCCCUGAGCAUGGAGAACCAGGAGACCUGCCUGGGCCUUGCUGUGCUGGACAUGCUGCGGAUCUCCAAGGAGAGGAAGCGGAGCCUGGAGGAGACCUUCCGAAGUAUCAGCUACAAGUUGUGCCUCCCAGAGCAGAUGCGGCUCCAGCUCCAGGCGCAGAACUUCGUCACCCGGAAGCGGAUCCGGCGCCAGUUUGGGCAGUCGCUGCACAAGGUCAGCAGCCUGCAGACCGAAGUCCGCUUCCUCAAGCUGAAGUACCUCAUGGAGCUGAAGGGCCUGCAGGGGGCCACCACUGAGGAGACCUUUGAGGCCUGGGUCCCUGCACAGGCAGCAACAGGAUCUGCCUGGACCAUCCACGUCUCCAGCGAAAAGGGGAUCUUGACAAGUCACAGCGGCACCAAGGGAACCCACCUGUUCUGCGACUUCCCCGAAAUCGCCGACAUCACUAUCAAGCAACCCGUCCGUGAAGGUCAACCUGCGAAGAGCCGCCUGGUCAGCAUGACGAAGACAGACAGCCGGGUGCUGGAGAUGGAGUUUGGCAGCCUGGCAGAUGCCUUGUCGUUUGUCUCCCUGGUUGACGGAUACUUCCGCCUGACAGUCGAUGCUCAACACUAUUUCUGCAGGGAGGUGGCCCCCAAGAGGCUUCUAGAAGACCUGGAAAACCAGUGCCACGGACCCAUCACGUCAGAAUUCGCCCAAAACAGACUGAAAGCGUCUCAGAACGAAGGCGUAGCGCAUGUCCUUCGACGAAGCCCAGAGGAUUUCGACAGUUACCUGCUCACCAUCUGCAUCAAGACGGUCAUCGGCAAGGACUUCAAAAGCCUCUUGAUCCAGAAGGGCAGCGAUGGCACCUUCUCCACUGCUGGGGUGGCCAAGAAAUUCUGCAGCCUCCGAGAGAUGCUGGGUGUCUGCCAGCGCUUUAGCCUCCAGGCCGACGGGGCCGCCAUCCAGCUGGGCCCACAGCGCCCCCCACAGCCCAAAGAAAAAUCCAACCUCUUGAUCGUCCGGGGGGGCACCUGCCACCAGCUGCCCAGCUCACCAUCCGCCUCACGGAGGGCCGUCAACCAGAUGAUGUUCCCGAAAAUCCAGGCGGAGAAUCUGGUGCAGUGUGAGAAUCUGGGGCAAGGGACCUUCACCAGGAUCUACCGGGGCUUCAAGCGAGAUCCCAAGGAAAGCAGAGAGGAGGAGGAAGAGGAAGACGACGACUCGAGGAGUCGCCAGGUGGAAGUGGCCAUGAAAGUCUUGGACGUGGCCCACUGCAGCUGGGCUGAGCCCUUCCUCGAAGCAGCCAGCAUGCUGGGCCAACUCUCACACAAGCACCUGGUCCUGCUCCAUGGAGUCUGCGUGGGAGAAGAAAGUGUCAUGGUGCAGGAGUACGUCAGGUGUGGCGCGUUAGACAGCUACCUGCGCAGGAACCAGGCAAGUGGCAAAGUGACGGCCACCUGGAAGCUGCAUGUCGCCCAGCAACUGGCUUAUGCCCUCAACUUCCUGGAGGACAAGGCCAUGGUGCACGGGAAUGUCUCUGCCAAAAAGGUCCUGCUGGCGAGGGAGGGGGACGCUGCCAGCGGGUGCCUCCCCUUUAUCAAACUCAGCGACCCGGGAGUCAGCGCCGCCGUCCUCCCCAAAGACUUGCUGAUCGACCGGAUCCCGUGGGUGGCACCCGAAUGCCUGGAGGAUCCCAAGAACCUGGCGCCCGAGUCGGACAAGUGGGGCUUUGGCGCCACCUUGUGGGAGAUCUUCAAUGGCGGGAUCAUGCCCCUGAGGCUGAUGGAACCCGAAAGGAAGCUCAAGUUCUACCAGGACCGGCAGCAGCUCCCCGCUCUCAAAUGGGCAGAGCUGGCCAACCUGGUGGCUCCCUGCCUGGAUUACGACCCUCGGAGGCGCCCCUCUUUCCGCAGCAUCCUUCGCGACCUCAACGAGAUCAUCACUUCCGAUUACGAGCUCCUUUCGGACCUCCCGACCAGCAACACCCCCGGAGGCUACGUGGAUGUCUCGCUGUGGCAGGAUCCCACCCUCUUUGAGGAGCGCCACCUGAAAUACAUCUCCGUGCUUGGCAAGGGGAAUUUCGGGAGCGUGGAGCUGUGCCGGUACGACCCGCUGGGCGACAGCACCGGGGAGCUGGUGGCUGUCAAGCGGCUGCAGCAAAGCACCUCGGAGCACCGGGCCGACUUUGAGCGGGAGAUCGCCAUCCUGCGCUCGCUGCAUCACGACUUCGUGGUCGCCUACCGGGGCGUCUGCUGCAACCGAGGCCGAAAUUCUCUCCGGCUGGUCAUGGAGUACCUGCCCAAUGGGUGCCUGCGGAACUACCUGCAGAAGAACAGAGAGAGGCUGGACCUCAGGAAACUCCUCCUCUACGCUUGGCAGGUCUGCAAGGGCAUGGAUUACCUGGGUUCUCAGCGCUAUAUCCACCGGGAUUUGGCCACCCGGAAUAUCCUCGUGGAGAACGAGAACCAUGUCAAAAUUGGAGACUUUGGCUUGGCCAAGAUCCUCCCGCAGGACAAGGAGUAUUACGUUGUGCGGGAGCCAGGCCAAAGCCCCAUCUUCUGGUACGCACCAGAAUCACUGUCCGACAACGUCUUCUCCCAGGAGUCGGACGUCUGGAGUUUUGGGGUUGUCCUUUAUGAGCUUUUCACCUACGGGAGCAAAAGCUGCAGCCCCUCAGAGGAGUUUCUCCGAAUGUUGGGGCAUAGUAAACCCCCCAUGAUCGUUUGCCAACUCUUGGAGCUCCUGAAGCAGAGCCAGAGGCUCCCGUCGCCCCCCAACUGCCCGGCUGAGGUUUAUGCGCUGAUGCAGUCCUGCUGGUCCUUCUCCCCGGCCCAGAGGCCUCCGUUCUGCAAGCUGGCGCCCCAAAUUGAAGCCCUGAGGAACAGCCCCUGCAAAGUGCGGGGCUAGCAGGUGAGGAAGACGGGCCGGGAAACUGAAUCUCUUAAAAUCCAAUUUCUGAUGCGCAAGCAAAACCACACGCCUAAAAGCCAAACUAAGGAGACCCUCCCCUUCUUCCGAGGGGCCGGCAGCUCUUGGCCCUGAAGUUCUUCCCCAUGUUGAGUCGGGAUCUCUCUCGUUUGAACCCAGGGAUCCUGUGUCCCAGGACUGACGGCAGCAGAGUGGCUGACCUUCUCUUCUGCAGAGUCUGGACCUCGAACCCAGGACUUCAUUCCACCCCGCUUCCCAUGCUGGGCGCUUUGGGGGUGGCAAAAGGGGGCCUUUCCUCCGCCUCUCCCUCUCAUUGCUAAAGGAUCUUUUUCUUUCCUUCUUUAUGGUUGCACAAAUUAAUAAAAUUCUUUAAAACUUAAAAAUAAACAAACCCAAGCCUGCUGCAUUUCUCUUUCCUCAUCCUCUCCAGGACCGAAGAGCAGGCAGAACUGAACGCCUGUGAGAUUUUUGUUGCAAAGAAUAAAUGAAAAAAA